AUGACGUAUCUCAUCUCCCUCGGCCUAGCCGGCCUCGCCCUCGCCGCAUCCUCUGGGAGUUGUGAUCUCUCCAAAAGAGCCAAAUUCUGCGGGCAAUGGGACUCAGCCACUGACGGCAAAUACAUCGUCUACAACGAUCUCUGGGGCGAGUCAACAGCCACAUCCGGCUCACAAUGCUCGGAGAUCGUAUCCCUUAGCGGCAACACACUCACCUGGUACACAUCCUGGUCUUGGGAGGGGAUCUCGUAUGAUGUCAAGAGCUUCGCAAAUGCAGAGUAUGUUAUUACGCCGAAGCAGUUGAGUGCUAUUUCGAGUAUUCCAACGACGUGGAAAUGGAGCUAUACGGGCUCCAACAUCGUAGCCGACGUCGCCUACGACAUGUUUACCAGCUCCAGCGCCAGCGGAAGCGCACAAUACGAAAUCAUGAUCUGGCUCGCAGCCCUCGGCGGCGCAGGACCCAUCUCCUCAUCCGGAUCAACAAUCGCAACUCCAACCAUCGGAGGCGUAUCCUGGAAACUCUACAGUGGACCUAACGGUGCUACCACUGUGUACAGUUUUGUGGCCAUCAGCGAGCAGACCAGCUAUUCGGGUAAUUUGCUUGACUUUUUUAAGUAUUUGGAGGCACAUGAGCGGUUGAGUUCCAGUCAAUACUUGUUGACUGUGCAGGCUGGUACGGAGCCCUUUACAGGGUCUGGUGCGGAGUUGUAUUCGACUUAUAGCGUGACUGUGCGGUAA